AUGCAAGCAAUAGAGAAUUUCUUUCAACCAUCUGGGUUCGGGCGGUCCCUCGGCUGCCAGCCGUCCGGUCGCGAAUUAUGUGGGGCCGACCAAACCCCAAUCCUCAAGCUUGAGCUGCCGUUAUUAAGAAAAAUAAAACUUCGGAAUCCCAUCGCCAAUCCCAUCCACCCAGCAUCGCCGACCGGGAUGAAUUGCUCCCAAAACAUGCUCCGCAGGCUGCAGCAGCCGAUGCGCAGCAGCAUGCAGUCCGGCGCGCGCCAGUGCUGCGCCGCCGCGCGCUCCACGACCACUGCGCAGCAGCCCGCCGUGUCUCGACCAUCCAGCAACAGCCGCUUCUUCUCGAGCACGCGGCGGCGCUCUGCGAAGCAAGCAGCCGACGACCCCAACUUUGUAUCGACCGUCGACCUCGACCCGACCAUGAUCCGCCCCGGUCGCAGACACGGCCCUGGCCUCAUCAUCCUCGCCCUCAUCCCCAUCACAGCCUUUGCCCUCGGGACCUGGCAGGUCCAGCGCCUGGGGUGGAAGACGGACCUCAUCGCCAAGUUCGAGGACCGCCUCGUGCGCGAGCCCCUCCCGCUCCCGCCGCACAUCGACCCCUCCGCGAUCCACGACUUUGACUACCGCCGCGUCGUCGCCACCGGCCGCCUGCGCCACGACCAGGAGAUGCUCAUCGGGCCGCGCAUGCGCGACGGCCAGGACGGCUACAUGGUCGUCACGCCGCUCGAGCGCAAGGACGGAUCCACGAUCCUCGUCAACCGCGGCUGGAUCAGCAAGAAGCACCGCGACCAGCGCAGCAGGCCCCAGGGCCUGCCGGCGGGCGAGGUCACGGUCGAGGGCCUCCUGCGCGAGCCCUGGAAGAAGAACAUGUUCACGCCCGACAACCGCCCCGACAAGGGCGAGUUUUACUUUCCCGACGUGAAGCAGAUGGCGGAGCUGACGGGGGCGCAGCCCGUGUGGGUAGAGGCGACAAUGGAGCCCGAGUAUAUCAGAAUGAUGGAGUACGAGGCUCGCGGUAUUCCCUUUGGCCGAGCGGCCGAGGUAAAUCUGCGAAACAACCACGCCCAAUACAUUUUCACCUGGUAUGCACUCUCGGUAGCGACAUCCGUCAUGAUGUUCCUGGUCAUGAAGAAGCCGGCCUCUGAUAUUGUUCGUCGUGUCCGCGCGACGCGCACCUUGUAA